AUGUUUGUUUCUGUAGCUGUGCCACCCAACACAGCGGAACUGAAGAAUCUGGAAGUGCUUAACUUUUUUAAUAACCAGAUCGAGGAGCUGCCUACACAGAUCAGCAGCCUUCAAAAACUCAAACACCUGAACCUGGGCAUGAAUAGACUGAACACUUUGCCUCGAGGAUUUGGCUCUCUCCCAGCUCUUGAGGUCCUUGAUUUGACUUACAACAACCUGAAUGAGAAUUCUCUUCCUGGAAACUUCUUCUACCUUACCACCCUGCGUGCACUCUAUCUAAGUGACAACGAUUUUGAAAUCCUGCCGCCAGAUAUUGGGAAGCUCACAAAGUUGCAGAUACUCAGCCUUAGGGAUAACGACCUGAUCUCGCUGCCUAAGGAAAUUGGGGAGCUUACUCAGCUUAAGGAACUUCACAUUCAGGGGAACCGCCUGACCGUUCUGCCCCCAGAACUAGGAAACUUGGAUUUAACUGGUCAGAAGCAGGUUUUCAAAGCAGAGAACAACCCCUGGGUUACCCCUAUUGCUGAUCAGUUUCAACUUGGUGUUUCCCACGUUUUUGAAUAUAUCCGUUCUGAAACAUAUAAAUACCUCUACGGCAGACACAUGCAGGCAAACCCAGAACCGCCGAAGAAAAAUAAUGACAAGUCAAAAAAGAUCAGCCGGAAACCUCUGACAGCCAAGAACAAAUAAGGGGUUGGCAUGGGCUGGACUGCUGGUCACUUCCCCCUUUAUUCGCUUCUCUUGCACAAUCUCACAAGUAAAUACAGUGUGUGUGUUUUGUGGGGGGGUUUUUUCCUUUUCACUUUCUCUUUCUAGUGUUUACCGCCUUUGCUUUUAAAUUCUUUUGGUAGGUGUUAGAUUUUUAUAAUUCUUACAACCAUUUCCAUUUGUUUCCUUAAAAUUGCAAAAUGCAGGAAACAAACCUCUAAUUCCACUGCAAAUUCCAUACAGUCGCAAGUUUCAGUCCUUGAAUAGGUGUUCACCAAGCUGCUUAUUAUCAAAAGAGUAAUUAAAUCAUGUAAUCAUAUAUAUAUAUAUAUAAUGUCACAGUUAACACACUUGUCUCUUCUGUUUAGUUGCAGAACUCAUUAUUUUGCUUUAUUAAAAAUUUUCCUUCACCACCGAGAUACUAUGUUAACUUACGAACAAUUUUAAUGAUAUCUUGAAUUUGUAUUACAUGUUCCUCCUUGAGCAGAAUAAAGAACAAUUUGAUCUUGGAUCAUACACAUUUUGGUUUUUUACUUUUUUGCCUAAAUUGCCCAUUUUCAUUGGUUGUAAAUGAUAAACUGAAACUUUCCAUGAAAGAAAAGCAAAAUUAAAUUAUGGUUAGUUUUCUUCUCUCAUCGAUUUGUCAGUAUAUAUAUUUUUUCCUUUUGAAGACUGUUUCUAAAUUAGGAAGGAGCAGAAAAACAAAUUUCUAGGAGACUGCCAAAAAAUUUUGGAAAGGAGCAUGUGUUAGCUGAAGAAAUGGUGACUUCUGCCAGUGGCUGGUAGAAAAGAGUUGUGAAAUGGAGAGAGAAAAACUCAAGUAUGUUUCUAGUCACUGCAAAAAAUCUCAGCUCAGAGCAUUCUUCUCAGUGACUCUGGAGAUGCCAAGGAAGCUGAGUAAAUGUGCACAGCCUCCCCCAUACCCAGUAUAGAAACUGCAGCUGCAGAGUCAUUAAACAACCAAUUGUUUAGCAUCUGUGAUAGGCAGCUUGGUUCGUACCACCAGUAAUAUGGAUAUAAGUGGAAAUCCAAGCAGAAUCUUUAUGCUAACCAAGAGCGCAGCCAACACAAAAUGCCUUGAAAUGAAAGGUGCGUGCACAUGAAACAUACUCAGACGGAUUACUAUCUGUUCACAGUUUUACAGCUAAGCCCUCCUGACCAGAACCACUAGGAUAUGUAAAAAGCCAGAAUUACAGCACACAAAAAAAAAAAAAUGAAAGAAAGAGAAAAAAGGAAACAAUCAUUUCCCAGAAUCAGAG